ACUUGUUUUUGCGACAGUUUUAUUUCUGUUUCACGAUGGCAACAAUUGAUUUAUCGGUGCAGCAAAACGUUUCUGUAGGGCUUUUUAUUUAUGUGAUCGUUACAUACUUGCCUGUUAUGCUGAUUACGAUACUUGGAAACUUCAUCGUUAUACUCAGUGUGUAUCGGAAACGUGAAAAAACUCCAAACAGUAUCUUCAUCUCAUCCUUGGCAAUCUUCGAUUUCUUAACUGGUUUGAUUGGAGUUCCCCUCUGCAUGGUGGCAUUCCUUCUUCGUAGACAGUUCCAUUUUAUGGAGAACUGUGCGAUAUGGUAUUAUGUGCCCAUCACAAUAUUUAUUUCUAUCUCCGUGCUAAAUCUGAUCGUGAUAACUAUUGAUCGAUUCCUUGCGAUUAAAUAUCCUCUUCGAUACCAUGUAUGGAUAUCAACUGAAAGAGCAUUUCGAGUUUGCAUCUGUGUUGAUUUGUUUGGGUUUUUUUUCGGAGGAAGUUCAUUCGCAAUAGGUGCUGUCGCAAGCCUUUUCGUGCCACCACCUAAUGUGACGUAUGAAUACGAUUGCGGGAGCUCUGCCAUAUAUGAAAUGUACGGAGCACCUGUGUCCUAUUACGUCAUGGGACCGUUUGUCGGCCUUUCAAUUCUUUUCCUGUAUAUUCUGUACGCGUAUAUUUUCUCAAUCGCGUCAAAAAAAGCGAAGGAGAAUGCCACACGCCACGGAAAGAAGGUUAAAAAAAGAGAAAUGAAAGUGACGAAAACCGCAGCUAUAGUACUUCUUGCUUAUACGCUGUGCACUGCAGCAAGAGCUCUUAGAAUCAUUAUUAAAAGACUCAUUGAUAAUGGUUCUACCUGGCUGAUGUGGUAUUUGUGGUUUGCAGAUUUUCUCAUAAUUGCUAACUCUAUGAUGAAUCCGUUAAUUUAUGCAGGAAGAAGUAAAGUAAUGAGAAAAGAAUUCAAAGAAACUUUUGACUUCAUUAUCUGCAAGGUAUCAUCGAGAUCUGAAGUAAAAGCGAAAUAUGACGCAGAGGCAUCCUGUAGUCGAAAGUCACCGAAAAUUCAUUCAGUUACAACGUCAUCAGCUAACAUGGCAACUUGUUUGACCAGUACGUCGUCGGCAAGCACUGGUGAGAGUUUUAGUGCAGAUUUUAGAGAAAAUUAG